AUGCAGCCGCAUGCAACAACAGGGCCCUUUGCAGAUGCUCGACGAGCGCCUCCUGAUAGCGCAGACUCUGAGUCAGCCUGGGGUGCAGCCGCUUCCACCAGCGGCAGGUUCCAUGCGGGUGCAGAGCCGCAGCGCUGCUACUCUGCACCGGUACCAAGCGCAGAGGACAUCAUCAGGCCUCAUGCCCACCACGCCUCUACAUGCUCCAGAGGGGGCAUGCAUGGUGGGCCGCUCCACCACAGCAGGCCGCAUCCAGGCACCGCCGCCGAUGCGGCGGCAGAUCGUGCCAUCCUGCGCUACGACUCAGCCUCCUCCGAGCUGGCCUACCUGCAGCAAGACCGCGCAUGGCACGCCGCCGGCAGCCUCGCAUGCAGUGGCCAGCCGCACAGCGGGCCCCCGGACCUGGGAGUCGAGCGCGGCAGCUGGGGCUCCGACGGCUCCGGCAGCAGCACCGGGACGCGCACGCACGGGGACGGCCACGCUGGCGGCCUGCUGGCCGAGCGCUGGGACAGCGCGCAGUCAGAAAUCUUCGAGGCCGCGUUCAGCGCGCAGCAGGAGGCUGGCCUCCAGGAGCACCCCUUGCGCCAGCGGGAGCACCUGCGGCGGCUGCAGCAGCGGCGCCUGGCCGCCGCGCACGGCAGUGCAGCAGAGGCCGGCGGCUGGCACCAGGAGGGGCAGCAUCGUGAGAAUAGCGCCAUGUCCGCAGCAGAGGAAGGGGACUACGAGGGUGCGCCGUGGGGGCAAGGGGUGCGGAGAGCGGCCGGGCCGCACGAGCUGGCGACGGAGGACCGCGUGCGGCAGCCGCGGCGGCGGCACGCCAGCGGGAAGCCGCCCCCGCGCGCGCGGCGCUGCCUGAGCGCGGCCUUCGCCGCGGCGGCCGAUGCACAGCGGCUGCAGCGGCUGGACGAGGCCCCUACGCAGUACGCAUGCCCCUCGCUGCCCGGCUGUUGUGCCGUUGGUGGCGACGUGCGCAUGGGUGGCGGCGAUCAGGGGUCCCCCAAUCAGGGGAGGUGGCGGCCGGGAGGCCUCUGGGAGGUGAUGCGGGGGGCGCCGGCCGGCCUGUCGGAUGAGGCGGCGCGGUCAGUGGUGGCGAACGUGGCGUACGCUCUGCUGCGCAUGCAUGAGGACGGCCUGGUGCACCGCCACGUCAGCGUCUGCACCGUCGUGCUCGGGGAGCACCCCUGCUUUGACACUGCCAGGCACGGCUCUGGGCACCUGCUGGCAGAGGGAGGGUGUACAGCGGUGCUGGACUGCACGGGCUCCUUCUUUGAUGCGGCCAAAGUAGGAGACCCCCACUACCAGGCUCCGGAAAUUCUGCGCGCUUUUCCCAACGUCAAGAUCCCGUACACUCCCUCGGGCGACAUGUGGAGCCUGGGCGUGCUAUUAUUUGUGCUGCUGACGGGAGCCGCGCCGCCGUUUGAGCGGCUGCUGGGGCAGGGCGGCUGGGUGGGGCUCAGCGUCGACGCACAGCAGCAUCGCGUGACUGCCUGCCUCUGCGCCGUUCUCGACGCGCACCAGGCCUCCUCGCCCAUCCCCCGCUCUGCCCAGAUGCUGCUGCAAGCGCUGCUGAGGGUAGAUCCGGCGCAGCGGGCGACGGCGGCGGACGUGUGCGGCCACCCCUGGGUGCUGGGCCUGCAGCCCAUCACCUUCUCCAUCACCGUCGACGGCCGCGGCGGCUUUCGCGCGCCAUCGGACGCCGGCGGCGCUGCCGUCGAGGGCACCCUCCAGGCCAUGCAGCGCUUGUGGCUGCAGCAGCCGGCUCCCUUCCAAGGCAACUAUGGGACUCAGGUGGAGGCUCUGGGGUCAGCAAGUGACGUCAGGCGGACCGAUGCGGCAGAGCAGGGGCGGGCUGGCGAGAAGGCUGCAUCGAGCGCCGUCGUGAGCUGGCUGCAGAGGUUCCUCGGCCGCUGCAAGCGCCCCAGCGGCAAGGAGCUGAUGGCAUCGGAUGACAUGACCGCUCUCAUCCUGCACCACUACUAG